AAAAGCAAAUCUCCUGAAGCUCCUCAGACUUGAAGAGACUCAGUGAGUGACAGAAACAGUUGGUGAGAGAUUCACUAAUUCAACUUAAAUUGUGUUCAAGCCAAAAUGUGGUUUAAGGAACAUUAACUCCGUUAUAUUGGAUCAGCAAUUAACUCACAUUUAAUUAGUACCUUGUGUGUCUCGGUGAUCCGCUGAACGAUCCAUCGUUAUAACGGUGGUUUUCUGAGUGGGGCUUGUUUAUUUUGCCCAAUUGGUUUUUCGCUCUUCUUCGACUGCCUUUGACUUCAUCGUCUUCUUAUUCAUCAUCAUCAUCUUCUGGUUCUUCUUCCUCUCUCAUUAAUAUCAUCAUCAACACAAUCUCUUUACUUCUUCUUCCAUUUGAUUUUACUCUUCUUCUCUCUACCAGAUUUCCCUCUUCUCUCUUCACUCUCUCAUUUCAUCUGAUUCCCUGUUAACCCCACCCAAAGUCCAUCCAACCAUUGGUAACCUGAUAAAAAAUCACUGAAACCAUGGACCUAUUAUCCAAAGGAAUAUCCAAAUAUCACCAGUUAAUGUUACAAGGUGACUCAAGGGUGGUUGGAUUGCCUCUUAUGGACUCUCCUUUGCCCACAGCAGCAAUAUGUUUAUCUUACAUUUACUUUUUCACAGUCCUUGGACCUCGAUUGAUGGAGAAUCGAAAACCGUUUGAGGUCCAAAAGCUGAUGAUUAUGUACAAUUUUGCAAUGGUCAUAUGCAGUAUAAUUUUUGUUUACAACGAUUUAAAAUACCAUUGGUUAACACCAGAAGCCAGUUUCAAAUGUGAUCCAGUUGACUAUUCAAAUAGCCCAAAUGGACUGCGUACCAUGUAUAACUCAUAUUUUUACUUUAUUCUCAAAUUUGUUGAAUUUGCGGAUACCCUUUUCUUCCUACUGAGGAAAAAGUUUGACCACAUCACUAAACUUCACCUUAUUCACCACGGUAUCAUGCCCUUCAGUGUUUGGUGGGGAAUGAAAUUUGUGCCUGGUGGUCAUGCAACUUUCUUCGGCUUCGCUAAUUCAAUUGUUCACAUUGUAAUGUACAUUUAUUAUGGUCUCUCAAGUGUCGGUCCAUCCAUGAGGAAAUACCUUUGGUGGAAAAAGUAUCUCACUGCUUUCCAGCUUGUCCAAUUCAUCGCUAUCAUGGGUCACUCAUUCCAACUCUUCUUCCGUGAUUGUAAUUUCCCUAAGCUUUUCGGUCUCUGGAUCGGAUCCCAUGGAAUACUUUUCUGGUUCCUAUUCACCGACUUUUAUAAGAAGACCUACAAGAAGCCAUCUCUCAACGGAUCAAUUAAAUCAUCAUCUUGUUCAACCUCAAUGGAGGAAAGUUCAGAAAAGAAAGCUUUGAGAAACGGUCAUCGAAAUGGAAACAGUGUAAUUAAAGUAAAAAAGGCAUCGUAAAGAGGGUUAAUUAAAAGGGUUAAAACUGCGAUUCUACUGCAACGUUGCUUUCUAUUAACUUCCAUAAACGUAUCUUCACAAUGAAGCAACAUAAAAGGUCAAAUGGAGAGAUACUUAUGUAACUAUUAAAAAGAGAAAGAGAAAAGGUGAUUUGAAAAGAAAAUGGUCUUUUGAUUAUGAUGGCGCUGGAAGUUAACGAUAAUGGUACUACUAAUGAUGAACAAGAUGGAAUUUGAUUCACAUCUACAAUAACCUUUCUCUCUUUACUCUCACUCAAUCCAUUUACUAUAUUCAUUUUUCUCUUCUAAUUUAACCAUUAUUAUUAUUAUUCUUUUUCUCUCUCCUCUUCCCUUAUUUCUACUUUUCUUCCCUCUCUUUUUUCUAUUCUUAUUGAUUGAGAUUCAGCAUCUGCACGCUGUUUUUUUCAAAGAGCAUUUAAAGUUUUACAUAUUCACAAGUCAAAGAAGAAGAAAUAAUCGCAAUAUCAUACGAUGGAUAUGAUGUGUAGACCCAAAAAGGCCCAAAGGUUCAAGCCGGAUCUCUAUCUCUCUCUUUCUCUCUUUCUCUCUAUUCAUUAUUUCUAAUCUGUAUCUGUAAAUCUUUUCAUUUGCUUUUGCAGAAUUUUGUUGUCUGUUUAUCUCUCUCUCUCCACUCCUUCUCCUCCCCCUCCCUCGUCUUCAAUUCUUUUUGUCACCAAGUUGUGUCAGAACUGAAAAAGUUGAUUUUUUGUUGGUCCUUCUUUUUUUUCUCUUUUCUUCUUCUUGAAAUCUGUCUAAGUACAAUUCAUUCAACUUCAAAGAAUCACAUUUUUUGUCUUUCUCUUCUCUCUUUUUUUGUAAACUUAUAUAAUUGUUUCUCUCUUCUAAUCAAAGACUAUUUGAUAUUCAUUAGUUGAAUCCUGAAUGUAUUAUAAUCUGAUAAACAUUAACGCGAAAAGCCAAAUAAUAGUCGAUAAUAAUGGUAAUAAAAAGCAAAGAACGAGAAAUUUUAA